AUGUUACACCAAGCUUGGCAGCUCUAUGGGAGAUGGUGCCGUUGGUCCAGUCCCUUUAUCCAUCUCUUCACACUGACUGUGGUGACAUUUGGUGUUCUCGCACCUCUGAUUUGCCACCGGCUCCUCCACUCUUACUUCUAUUUGCGGCGCUGGCACCUGAACCCCAUGAGCCAGGAGUUCCUGGAGCAGAACCAGCAGGAGGGCCAGGAUGCCCUCCAUUACUUUGAGAAGCUGCAGAUACCAAAUGCCUCCGAGACCUCUGGCAGUGACGCCUUCCAACCCUUGCUGCUGAUCACCAUUAUCACUGUGCAGAGGCGGAAUGAUUUCCACUACGUCUUGCAAGUGGCCUCCCAAUUCCACCGGCUCCUCCAGAAAUGUGGUGCACACUGCAAGAGCCACCGCAUGCUCAUCUGUAAUGUGGAGUCAGACCCCAGUAGCCAUCAGGAUGUCAGGCUGCUGAGCAGCUUCUUUCCUAUGGUCAGUCGUGACAAAACUGAAGAGAACCCUGACCCCAGAGUGAACCAGUUUGAGAAGGAGAAGCAGGACUAUGUCUUCUGCCUUGAGCAGUCGCUGUCAGCAUACAACCCAGAGUACAUCCUCGUAGUGGAGGACGAUGCUGUGCCAGAGAAGGAGAUAUUCUCUGUCUUGCAGCACUUCUUUUUGGCCCGGUUCUCCAAACCAUACCUCAGAGACGCUCUUUACUUUAAGCUUUACCAUCCUGAGCGGCUCCAGCGCUACUUCAACCCUGAACCCAUGAGAAUCCUCGAGUGGCUUGGUCUGGGCAUGUUUCUGGGGCCUGUGCUGAACUGUGUGUACUCAGGGCGCUCCAGCUUCAGCUGGUCCCUGGUUCUGUUCUUUGCCCUGUACAGCAUGGCUCUGUCGGAGCUGGUGGGAAGGCACUACCUGCUGGAGCUGCGCCGGACAGCCCCCGCACUAUACAACAUCGUGCCAGUCACCGAGUGCUGCACACCUGCCAUGCUCUUCUCUGCUCCCUCUGCCCGACGUGCCUUAGGAUACCUGAGGGGGCUGCAGUGCCGCCAGGGCUAUGCUAAGGAUACUGCCCUCUACUCGCUGCUGCGGGCCAAGGGGGAGAAUGCCUAUGUGGUGGAACCCAACCUGGUCCAGCAUGUGGGAAUGUAUUCCAGCCUUCGGCUGAACACCAGCCCAAAACUACUGUGA